UACAUGGCUAUUCUUUAUCUCAUUCAACACUCAGUGCUAACAAUUCUCAAAUGGAAAACCUAGCUCUUCUUUUGAGCUUAGUGGCUGUAGUUUCAGCCUAUGCUUUCUGGUUCUAUCUCUUAUCUCGUAAACUCUCAGGCCCCAAAUUAUAUCCUCUUGUGGGUAGCCUUCCGAUUCUCUUCAAGAACCGACGGCGAAUACACGAUUGGAUUGCUAGUAAUCUUCGAGCUACAGGUGGUUCAGCUACUUACCAAACUUGUACCAUUGCUCUCCCUUAUUUUGCCACCAAACAAGGGUUUUUUACAGUCACGUGUCACCCUAAAAAUGUGGAGCAUAUUCUUCGGACAAGGUUCGAUAACUACCCCAAAGGUCCCACGUGGCAGAAGGCUUUUCAUGAUUUGUUAGGGCAAGGGAUUUUCAACAGUGACGGUGAAACAUGGCUUAUUCAGCGCAAAACUGCUGCUCUUGAGUUCACUACAAGAACGUUAAGGCAAGCCAUGGCUCGGUGGGUGAAUCGGACGAUCAAGAAUCGUUUGUGGAAGAUUUUAGAUCAAGCAGCGGAGAAUAGUCUCUCAGUGGACUUGCAAGAUUUGUUGCUUCGUUUAACGUUUGAUAAUAUUUGCGGUCUCACUUUCGGAAAAGACCCCGAGACUCUCUCACCGGAGCUACCAGAAAAUUCAUUUGCUAUGGCUUUUGAUACGGCCACUGAAGCAACUCUUCAACGGCUUUUGUACCCUGGAUUUUUAUGGAGAUUGGAGAAACUAUUUGAUAUCGGAGCUGAGAAAAGGCUGAAGAAGAGCCUCCAAGUUGUUGAAGAUUACAUGAACAGCGCUAUAGAAGCUCGUAAAGAGAGUCCAUCAGAUGAUUUAUUAUCAAGAUUUAUGAAGAAAAGAGACGUCGAUGGUAACCUCUUCCCAAGUUCGGUUCUUCAACGGAUAGCUCUAAACUUCGUUCUCGCCGGCCGUGAUACCUCAUCGGUGGCACUUAGCUGGUUCUUCUGGCUUGUCAUGAACCACCCCCACGUUGAACAGAAGAUCAUCAAUGAAAUCUCAAAGGUUCUUAAGGAAACUCGUGGCAAUGACAUCAAGAAAUGGCUAGAAGAGCCUCUAGCCUUUGAUGAAGCUGAUCAGUUAAUGUAUCUCAAAGCAGCAUUAGCCGAAACGCUGCGUUUAUAUCCCUCAGUCCCAGAGGAUUUCAAGUACGUAGUCUCCGACGACGUCUUGCCAGAUGGCACGGCCGUCCCAGCCGGUUCAACCGUGACGUACUCCAUCUACUCAAUGGGGAGAAUGAAGACGAUAUGGGGAGAUGACUGCUUGGAGUUUAGACCGGAGCGUUGGCUAUCGGCUAAAGGGGACCGCUUCGAACCGCCCAAAGAUGGAUACAAAUUUGUGGCGUUUAACGCCGGACCGAGAACUUGUUUAGGCAAGGACUUGGCAUACUUGCAAAUGAAGUCUGCAGCUUCAGCCGUGCUGUUGCGUUACCGGCUGUCCCUGGCUCCCGGUCACCGUGUGGAGCAAAAGAUGUCUCUCACUUUGUUCUUGAAGAAUGGCCUUCGUGUACACUUGCAUCCCCGUGCACUUGUUGCUGAGUAGAAAGGAGAAAGUGUCGCCGAUGUUUCACUUGUUGCCAAAAGAGAACAGGGACAGUAUGGUCAUUUAAAUUUGCUUUAAUUUUUUAUUUGUAUUUUCAUUUUGAGUAUGGAAUUGUUGUGUGGUGGCAUUUGAGUAUGUACGUACAGUACAAUUGGUUUGUUGGUAUAAACUGGGAAAGAGUCAAGAUUGUCCUUGUGAUGUUGACAAAUACAUUUUAUGGAUAUUCAAAUUUAUGCUUUUUUUUAUUC